AUGGUGUCGGGCUCACGCGGCGCGCAGGACAGAGCGCGCGCGCUGAUUGGUGGGCAGCUGUAUCAUGACAGCCGGCGGGGAGAUGGGGCGGCAGAGGGAGGAGAUGGGCCGACCGAGAGGAGAUGUAGAGAUACGUCGGUGGUAGGAAGAAAGCAGCUGGCUCCCCACAACCUUUUGUACUGGAGGGACAUGAUGGACAUGAUUGAACACGUAGGAUUUCGAAACUUGGAGGGCUAUGUGGGCUUUGCCAACCUCCCCAACCAGGUGUACAGGAAGUCGGUGAAAAGGGGCUUCGAGUUCACAUUAAUGGUCGUAGGUGAAUCAGGCCUUGGCAAGUCGACUCUCAUCAACUCGCUCUUCUUGACUGACCUGUACUCCAAGGACUACCCCGGGCCCUCUCAGCGCAUAAAGAAGACUGUGCAGGUCGAACAGUCCAAGGUGCUGAUCAAAGAAGGAGGGGUCCAGCUGACGCUCACCAUCGUGGACACGCCGGGCUUCGGGGACGCAGUGGACAACAGCAACUGUUGGCAGCCGGUCAUCAACUACAUUGACAGUAAGUGCGAGGACUUCCUGAACGCUGAGUCCAGGGUGAACCGCAGGUCCAUGCCAGACAACAGGGUCCACUGCUGCCUGUAUUUCAUCGCGCCAUCCGGACACGGGCUGAAGCCGCUGGACAUCGAGUUCAUGAAGAGACUCCACGAUAAGGUCAACGUGAUUCCUCUUAUCGCAAAGGCCGACACGCUGACUCCCGAGGAGUGCCAGCUGUUUAAAAAGCAGAUAAUGAAGGAGAUACAGGAGCACAAAAUAAAAAUCUAUGAGUUCCCGGACACGGAGGACGACGAGGACAACAAGCUCAUCAGGAAGAUCAAGGAGAAGAUGCCACUGGCAGUGGUCGGGAGCAACGUCGUGGUUGAAGUGAACGGCAAGAAGGUUCGAGGUCGCCAGUACCCGUGGGGCGUGGCAGAAGGUAGCUCAGCCGCCGGCUGGGCGUGGGCUGAGCUGAGCGGUGCAGGGCGAGGAGCGGCGUGCGGGCCCGGCUGUACCACCGGACCAAGGCCCGGGUCCCACCCCCCUAACCGCUUCGCUUCUAGGCUUGCUACCCCGCAGUUGGUCACGCACAGAUCCUCCUGUAACACCCCACCGCCACCGUGCUCCCUCCGACAAGUCCCGCCCUCCUUAGCCAGUCGGCCUGGACACAUGCAGGUUAUGCCGUUGACCCGGGCCAAAUCUGGGUGGAUUCUGGGCCAAACGCUGGCCCAUUCUGGGCCGAGUCUGAGCUCCAUAAUGAACCCCAGCUGCUCCAGACCCAGAUUUAGCCCCCGCCGGGCGCAGACAGUAACUGAAAAACCGUACCCCUCCCCUCCGUCAGAGCUCCCUCCUCUAGAAGAGACAAGAGGUCAGUGGCUGGCUCUGGAUGCCAAGGGGCAGGACAGCUUAAGUUUCAUCAAUGUGGAGAACGGAGAGCACUGCGACUUCACCGUGCUGCGCAACAUGCUGAUCCGGACCCAUAUGCAAGAUCUGAAGGAUGUCACCAACAACGUCCACUACGAGAAUUAUCGUAGCAAGAAACUCGCCGCCGUCACCUGUAACGGCGUGGACACCUCCAAGACGAAGGGGCAGCUCACCAAGAGUCCCCUGGCUCAGAUGGAGGAGGAGCGCCGGGAGCACGUGAUGAAGAUGAAGAAGAUGGAGGCGGAAAUGGAGCAGGUCUUUGAGAUGAAGGUUAAAGAGAAAAGGCAGAAGCUGAAGGACUCGGAGGCUGAGCUGGAGAGACGCCACGAGCAAAUGAAAAGAAACCUGGAGGCGCAGUACAAAGAGCUGGAGGAGAAGAGGCGAGUGUUCGAGGACGAGAAGGCCAACUGGGAGGCUCAGCAGAGAAUCCUGGAGCAGCAGAAACUGGACGCCUCAAAGACCAUGGAAAAGAACAAGAAGAAAGGGAAGAUCUUUUGAGGAGAGACGAGGCCUCCCGCUUGAGUUUUACCGAAACUCCCUUUUUUCUUCAUCCCCUCUGUGGUGUGGUCCUCAGAGAACACACACACACACACACACUCGCCUCUCUGCAGGGUUUUACUGUAUCUGUUGAAAGCUUUUUCGUCUUCAUGGGGAAUGCAUGUGUUUGUGAAACUCUACUUUCCUAUAUUUCCCGACAAAGAGGUGAAUCUGAGUCCCUCUGAGCUGACGGAGUCGACACGUGGCAGGGACCACACGUAGCCGUCUCCACACACACCUCCGCUCCCUCUUCAGGCGUCUGUAGAUAAACCGACGCCUUCCAGGAGGCGGCAGAGCAGGGAUCAGGUGACCUUUAGGCCCGGUCACAUCAGAAAACCACUCAAACUGACCGCAGUCAAGCCAGCCAGAGAGGAAAAGCCAACACAUUUCCACUCCUUAAAGACUGAUUUGUCACAGAUUAAGGUGCCAUAAAGUAGGAAAAAAUGAUCACCAUGCUUGCUCAUUUUCUCAUAGAGGUAACAGUUUCUAACAUUUUUGUCUCAUCAGGAAACGUGUUUUGAAUAAAUUCAAGCUUCAAACCACAUCUGAGUCUAUUAAGGUACCAAAUAUAUAUAUCUGCUGACAAACAUGUCUUUGGAGGAAUUUUCUCCAGAAGUAUUUGCUUUAUCUUUUGAUUAGAAAUUAUUGCUCUGUCUAUAGAAAGUUUGUGUUUUGAGCUCAAUCAUAGAUGCAGAAUAGAAUUUCUCGUAGGUUAAAAAGCAACUUUUUAGAUAGAAAGUUUCUCUAAACAAUAAAUUUGUUUUGGGUUGUUUUUUUUUGUUUUUUUUAUUAUCUGCUUGUGUGACCGGGCCUUCAGGUGUUUUUCCUCCUUCUCUCUUUUUCUUAGCGACCAGUAAAGCAGGUAACUGAUGCGUGACAGCAGCCACUGUGCGUUUCCUUUGAGUAGACAGUAUUAUGCAAAAGCCUCUUCGGUGUCUGAAAACAAAGACCUUCAUAUUGUGACGUGUGUGAUGGGUGUCGUUUUGAUUUUGGGGAUUUUUUUUUUUUUUUCUUUUGGGCCAAACCCUAACUGGACAGUUCACCAGAGUAAGAGUGAAAUGUCUCUUUGACUUUCCUUUCUGAAGACGGUUUGGAGCAACCCUCCCUCCCCGCCGGCUGUUAAUCGAUAAAUUAAAAAGUUAUGGCGGUUCAACCAUUAACGUUCCCUCCCCAGAGUCACGAUGUUUUAUUUUCAUAUGAUGAUAUAUCGAUGAUACUGCUUUAACCCCCCCGUCAUCCUCUGGAAUGACCCUUUAAUGAAUCAGUUGUCUUUAAGUUAGUGUUUCAGACUGCCUGCUGUCUUCAUGCUAAAUUCAUGCCAGUCGUGUGUUAAAGGGACUAACCUUUACUAACUGACCUGGUCGUGGUGGAACCGUGUGUUUUGUACAUAAUGUUUGGCCUUCUUUUGGUUGGUUCUCUUUCUUCUUAUUUUCCCCAGAGUAUUAUAUAACAGAUGUACUCCAAAUAAGCCUCUCGUGUAAAACUCUUCUAAAGAUGCCAUGAAAAGUUCUCCAUGCAUUUAAACACACACAUGUACACUGUAACAUCUAUGCCAAUGGGUACACCUUCUCAGGACUGCUCCCAUCCUCUACUUUUGGACCUGAGAGAUCAAUCUUGUGGUCCUACAGCAUAGAAACGAAUAGAUCAGAUCUUUGAAAUGCUUGUAGUCACUCACCCUUUCAAAAGCAUCACUUAAGUUUAGAUGUAUUUUUUGUAAUAUUUUCUUUUUUUUAUAUAUAUAUAUAUAUAUAAACAGU